AGUUAAUAGGUCAGUACCAGCAUUACGUAGGGUGGAAACCCCUGCAAUUUUCGAUGUUGCGACACUUGUCCAAAAGGCCUUAACCUCGGCUUUAUGCAAGCGUAUCGAUUAAAUGGCAAUGCCCCGUCGUGCUUAUGUCGCAACCACCUCGCUCGUUGGCUAUAAAAGCGACGCCUGAGUUCCUCGCUCUGUUUACAGCAAUUCCAACGUUUGUCCACGCAGGCAGCAUGCGAGCACCCGAGUGGAUGAGCAAUGAGAUGGCACGUCUCACACUCAAACUGGAGCGUUACAAGCCUACAGGCAGUGGCUACAAUCGCAUCCAAUCCAUGCGGCUAUCCAAGAGCGUUACACAGAUGCUGAACAAUCCUUUGCCUCCCGCCGCCGCCUCUGCCUCUGCCGGCUCAACAACGAGCACUGUUAUCACCCUGCGAAAAAAUGCACAGCAGCAGGAGAGCACCUUUACCACACCACGUAGACGGGGCGUGCUAAGUCGCAGCGAGUCCGAAUGGGAGGAAGUGUAUCCAGCAGUCAAACUCGGUCGCCAGCAACACUGCAACGAGAGGGCCAAAAGCGUUGACUGCAGUGAUUAUAAAUUUACGCAUUAUCGAAACUGCUCAACGCGCAUCACCUAAAACCCGUCCAAGUGUCGCCCUCGGAGCUAUUUAUAAUUUGCUUACUUAUUAAAUUUGUAUCUUAGGAAUAGUAUGUGUAAUAAAUGUGAUUGAACUAUUGAGAAA